AUGUCGAGAGGCAGAGGUCGGGUUCGAAACACGGAUCUUCCGGGUUACCGGAGAAGACACAUUAUAGCUGCGCAGUUUAAAAAGAAUCGUUCAGCUGUAACACCGACCCGGUGCCUAGCUGCCAUGCUACCCGAAGGAAGCACGAGGGCUGGGAUAUUGCCAGGUUGCCCAAACCUAGACAAAGGAAGUCGAGAUGCAGAGGCAGACUUCGAACAAUGGACCUUCCGGUCAGUAAAUUCGCGCUCUAAACACUUGAGCCAUCUCGCCCACUGCGCACUUUGGCCCUACCUGGAUAAGGACAAAUGUUUUAUCGGGUUAAAAGAAGAGCCGACAACAUAUUGCUUUGAAACGUACCAUCCGCGUAGGCACUGGACUCGAGUUUUGCUCUUGUUAGAGCUCAUCAGCAGUGCAUAUCCAAUGGCCGUGCCAGGGUUUGAACCCCGAACAUCUGACAUGCGAGGCGAGCGUGUAACCACUACUCCACCAACGCACGUUGGACGCAUCUGA